GUUGUACUUUAACCCCAAGUUUUAUAAAACCAUUUUAUAAUUUGUUCAGUCAGAAUUAGUUGACAUUUACUUUUCUGCAGUGAGGAUAAGUUAUUCUUCGUCUAUUUUGUCUACUUUUGUUAAUUUUCCUUAAAGUUUGGCUUAAUUUCAACAUGUUGCUCCAAAAGGUAUUCAGUAUUUCCGCUCGUCGUUCUAUUAGAUUAUUCUCAGCAAACGCCUCUUCAAAUGGAUUUAAUUUUCAAUUUACUGAGACUCAACAAGAAAUGCAGGAAUUGGCGAGGAAAUUCGUUAAGGAAGAAGUAAUUCCAAAAGCCUCUCAUUACGAUCGAACUGGUGAAUAUCCUUGGGACUUGGUGAAAAAGGCAUGGUCACUAGGAUUAAUGAAUGGACAUAUUCCUCAACAUUGCGGUGGUCUGGAAAGCAGUGUCUUUGAUGGUUGCAUUGUAGCUGAAGAAUUAUCAUACGGCUGUGCGGGAAUUCAAACCGCCAUAGAAGGUUCUGGUCUCGGUCAAACGCCGGUAAUUCAUUUUGGUAACAAGGAGCAACAACAAAAAUAUUUAGGAAGACUGAUUGAAGAACCUCUCGUUGCUGCUUAUUGUGUCACGGAACCUGAAGCGGGUUCGGAUGUUGGAGGUGUUAAAACAAAGGCGGAGAAAAAGGGCAAAGAAUGGGUUCUCAAUGGCACAAAAAUGUGGAUCACAAACGGCGGAGUAGCAGACUGGUACUUCGUCCUGGCGAGAACGAAUCCUGAUCCUAAAGUGCCAGCUAGCAAAGCAUUUACAGGAUUUAUUGUAGAACGAGCAUUCGCUGGUGUCACACCUGGACGAAAGGAAAUUAAUAUGGGUCAAAGGGCCUCAGACACACGUAUGGUAACAUUCGAGGACGUCCGCGUUCCAGAAGAGAAUGUUCUUAUUGGAGAAGGAGCCGGAUUCAAAAUCGCUAUGGGGACUUUUGAUUUAACCCGACCUCCAGUAGCAGCCGGAGCGGUGGGAUUAGCUCAGCGAGCUCUCGACGAGGCGACAAAAUACGCAAUGGAGCGCAAAGCUUUCGGUCAACCGAUAUUCGAUUUCCAAGCCGUUGCGUUUAUGUUGGCUGACAUGUCAAUUGGAGUCGAGACAGCAAGACUUGCCAUGCACAGGUCUGCUUGGGCAAGUGACAAUAAAGAUCCAAGAUCAACGAUUUUUGCCAGCAUUGCAAAAUGUUAUGCAGGUGACGUUGCGAACAAGUGCGCCACUGAUGCUGUACAGAUAUUUGGUGGGGCCGGAUUUAACAGCGAAUAUCCUGUAGAAAAAUUAAUGCGAGACGCUAAGAUUUAUCAAAUUUACGAAGGAACUGCACAAAUUCAAAGACUGAUUAUCUCACGUCAACUUCUUAAAGAAGCCAAGAACUCUGCUCGAUGAGGAGAAACGUAUUUUUAACACAUUUUUAUACGUAUUUGCAUACGUAUUCAUAGACUAAUCGAAAUCUUUGAAAUUCUAUUUUUGAACAGGUUUUCAAAAAUAUUUUUAUAAAAGACUUUUAUGAAAUUUACAAAAAAACUAAGAAUUAAUAAUUCGAUAAUUUGCAAAAGUAGAAAAUAUUUUAAAGUGAACAAAAGUGAAUUGCUGGAACGAAUCUGGAGUGAUUGUAAUUUAAACGAGAGUAAUUAUACAAGUCUUCGAAAAUUUUAUUAGGAAAGAGGAAAAUUAAUUUCUGUAUAUUAUAAUUAUUAUAAAUAUUAUAAAUAUUUUUAUUAACAAAAUAAUUCGAUUUAUAUCAGAGUUAUUAAAUAAAUAUAUUUUUACAGUGAGAAAAAUUUCGAUUUCUAUUUUUAGGGAGAAAAGAAAGUAAGACUAAUAUAAAAUGAUUUAGAAUUUACAAAAAUAUGAAAAAUAGAAAAAUUAUGAAAUGAAAUACUAUCAAAUUGAUCAAUAAUGAAAUUUUAUCAAAACGAACAAAUGGGAUCAAAUUUUAUCAAAAAUGAUCAAAUGGAAAAAAAUAUGAAAAAUUGAAUAAGUUUCAAAGAGAAAGCUUAUCUUAUUCGUGAUAAAAUGUUUGCGUUUUGAACAGCUGAAAUGUUGCGAUAACUUUUAUGAGCUAUGUGUGUAUAUAUCUUAAAUAGAUCUAUUUUAAAGACGUCUUGUGUGGGUGGUGCUUAUAGAAAUGAGAGGGUGAGAGGUACGUUCAUGAAAAUAGGUGGCAGUGCUGGAAUCGUUGCUUUACUAGGCGGAGCUUUCAGUCUCGUUCACAGUUAUUUUGCCGGACAGAAUAAAAAAAAGAAAUAAUUACACACUCAACCGAAAUGGAUACUAAAAUUAAUUAAAAAAAACUAAAUGUCGUCAGUUGUAAAGUGAAUUUUUCAUCGAUUUUCAAAAUUUAUUGUGGAAUAAUUCAGAGAAUUAUACACAGUGAACAUUUUCAAAGAUUAUUUCCAUCGAGAGGAUAUUUUACCGAAAGCACAUCAGAGGGUGACGAGCUUUCGAGUUCAAACACCAACAG